CGCUGUCUUUCCUCUUCCGGAUGUUUCAGAAACUUCGUAAAAUUUGUUAUCGGAAUUUAGAUGAUAAUUCAAACUGACGGCAACUUCAGGCCGCCACUGGCUUAGUCUCCUGCAAUACUGUCAGACCGAAAGGUAAGCUACGUUGCCAGAGCUCACUAAAAUUUCCUUAGAGGUGAAAAGCUUACGCUGGUCUUCAAACAUGGGGAACAUCAUCCGUCGUCGUACGGGUACCGAUGAGUACCACCUGUCCGGUCGGUCUGCUAACGAUCGGUUAGUUGUACUGUUGCUCGGCGAAACUGGAUCUGGAAAGUCGACCUUAAUUAACUACAUAACGAGCUAUUGCAAAGGGGGCUCCGCGACGUCCCCGCGCAUUGCCAUACCCAAUGAAUUCUACGAGGCUACCGAAGCCUGCGCGAACAGCGAAUACGGCAUCGGCGAUCGUAUACAAAGCAGAACAACGAAGUGCAAUAGUUAUGAUUUCGAGGUGGAUGGAUGCCACUUCCGCUUCAUCGACAGCCCUGGGCUGAGUAACACAAAUGGCAUGGAAGAAGACGCUGCUCAUUUGAGGGAGAUUAUGCAGACCGCGGAGAAUGCCGGCGUCGUAUCGGUCAUUGUCGUCGUUCUUAACGGGACAAUAACCAGGAACACGGACAAUGUGCGUAAAGCUCUGAUCCGGCUUGGUGGAUCAUGGCCAGACGUUAAUGCAGCCGAAAAUGUGAUUGUGGUUUUUACCCACUGCACGAGUUCGUCCUUCAAUUAUAACCUGGACACCCUGCAUCCCUGGAUACCGAAAGCAGAGAACUUCUUUUUCGUGAAUAAUACCGUGCUAAGUCAAGAUCCACAGAGAUGGUGCCAAGCGCCGUACACACAGCAAGGUAUGGAUGAAGAAUGGGAACAAUCCAUGCGCGCAAUAGGCAAACUGCUUGACAGAGUUGGUCUGCUCCAGACAAAACGAGUGUCGAUGAGCGACGACGAGGAAGAGGAACAAGGAAAAGAGGAGGGAGAAAAUGAAGAAGAGAACGAAGACGACGACCAAAACGGAAGCCGGAGAAGAAGAAGCCGAUUACGAAGACGAACACGAGAACAAUUACCAAAGUGAAAACCAAACUGAAUACCAAGACGAAGGCCAAGAGGCCCAGGACCACGAAGAAGACUACGACGAAGAGCAAGUCGAAGCUUUUUGCGAACUUGUACAUUCAUGUUUCUCGCAGUUGUGUAAUUCGAUUUGCCUCUUGAAUCCAAACCAAUCUAAUGAUGAGUAGAGCCAUUGAUCGCAAGGCAGCACAUAAAGAGCUUUAACAAAAUUUCAAUAAUUAAAUA